AUGCCGGCAAAAAUUUAUCGCUCGCCUUAUCCAGACCUCGAUAUCAAAUCAGAGGAUCUGAUCUCAUACUUAUUCUCCAACCCUUUAAAUACGCCUCAUAAUCGACCUUUGUAUAUCGAUGCUCUCUCCGGGAAGCAAUACACUUUUGCCGAUGUUAUCCAGCGCACACGAUCACUAGCUAGUGGCCUAAAUCAGACUUUCGGACUACGAAGGGAUGAUGUCGUCGCCCUGUUCAGCCCCAACACCAUUGAAUAUCCAAUUGCCACUUUCUCAAUUGUAGGAGCUGGUGGCUUGGUUGCACCAACUAGCGCUGCAUUGACAGUCCUUGAACUAAAUGCACAGCUAAAGACAAGCGGCGCACGAUUCAUUAUUGUACAUUCUUCACUUCUCGAAACGGCUAGGAAAGCGGUCAAGGGCACCUCCAUUAAGAAUGUGAUACUUCUAGACGGUUCAUCUCUGGUAGAUGGUCAACCGACAUGUGAGCAUAUUGCCAGCACAUUCCCCCCAGGUACCCUCACUGCCAUCUCCCCAGCCGAAGCGGCUAAGAAGACCGUGUUUAUUUGCUUCUCAUCUGGAACCUCUGGUCCAUCGAAGGGUGUGGUCUCCACCCACCAGAAUAUUACCGCCAAUCUUCAACAAUGGCGAGCUCUUGUCCUAGGAACAGGAUCCCCCUCUCAGAGACCCCAGCGACAAACUGCUAUUGCCUUCCUGCCAUUCAGCCACAUAUAUGGCCUCAACUUUUACAUGUGCCAAUGCAUGAUCUGGGGUACCUCAGUUGUGAUCUUGCCUAGAUUUGAUCUCGACACAUUUCUGCGUUGUGUCGAAAAAUACCAGCCAGAUGAGCUCGCAUUAGUCCCACCGGUUGCCCUUAUGCUUGUGAAAGACGAACGAGUGUCCAGAUAUAACCUGAGCAGUGUCAAGCGAGUCAUGUCUGCGGCUGCCCCUCUUACAAGCGAGCUUUCUUCUGCCCUGGAAGCCAAAUUCAAAAGUCUUUUCCAAACCGAGGUUUUUUGUACCCAGUCCUGGGGCCUCACUGAAACAUCACCUUUGGCCACCGCUAUUCCCAAUGAUCGAUUAGAUAAAAGGGAAUCCAAUGUCGGGGUUAUCGCUCACAAUAUGGAAUUCCGAUUUGUGGAUCCAGAAACCAUGAGUGAUGUUACUAGUCAUCCCGAUGGAUCAACCAGCCCAGGAGAAAUCUGGUGUCGUGGUCCCAACGUAACGUCCGGAUAUUACAAUAAUGAGGAAGCGACCAACAGCGCCUUCUAUACUGAGCCAGAUGGAACGAAAUGGUUUCGCACAGGUGACAUUGGAGCGAUGGAUAGCGAGGGCUACAUUACUAUUCACGAUCGGAUUAAGGAGAUGAUCAAGUACAAGGGCCUCCAAGUCAUUCCCAGUGAGUUGGAAGGAAAGCUGGUGGAUCACCCCGACAUUGAAGAUGCUGGGGUUGUUGGCAUGUGGGUCGAUGAGAGAGCUACCGAGCUCCCGGUCGCGUUUGUAGCCCUUCGAUCCCAGGCAAAGUCUAGAGACGUGAAGACUAUCACCGAAGAUAUUCAUUCCUGGCUGAAUCCCAAGAUCGCAAACCACAAGCGACUUCGUGGGGGUAUCAUUAUUGUGGAUCAAAUUCCUAAAAGCCCCAGUGGAAAGAUUCUUAGACGACAACUCAAGGAUCUGCUGAAAAGUAAAAAGCCCAAGGCUCACUUAUAA